UGCAGCAUCCACACCCACCCUCACACACUCACACACACUCACACUCACUCAGUCAGUCAGUCACACACGCUCCGCGUGCAACAGCGCUGGGUUACCCAUAAUUCCUCAGCCCAAGACCUCACCCUCACCACAACCAUGGACGCCCCAGCAGAGCACCUUUCCAUGGAGCUGGACUUCGGUCACUUUGACGAGCGGGACAAGGCGUCCCGCGCCCCGCGGGGUGGGCGAGCGAACGGCCUGCCGAGCCCCACCCACAGCGCCCACUGCAGCUUCUACCGCACGCGCACCCUGCAGGCGCUCACCAGCGAGAAGAAGGCCAAGAAGGUCCGCUUCUACCGCAACGGGGACCGCUACUUCAAAGGCAUCGUUUACGCCGUGGCCAACGACCGGUUCCGCACCUUCGACGCCCUGCUGGCCGACCUGACCCGCUCGCUGUCCGACCACAUCAACCUGCCCCAGGGCGUCCGCUUCAUCUUCACCAUCGACGGGGCGCGCAAGAUCACCACCCUGGACGAGCUGGAGGAGGGUGAGAGUUACGUGUGCGCCUCAGAGAAUUACUACAAGAAAGUGGACUACACCAAGAACGUCAACCCCAACUGGUCGGUGAACGUGAAGGCGUGUGCAGGUCAGCGGAACGCGAUGUGCGUGGGCGGCCGUCCGGGCGCAGACGCGCGCGAGAACAGAGACUUCAUCCGUCCGAAGCUGGUGACGGUGAUGCGGAGCGGAGUGAAGCCGAGGAAGGCGGUGAGGGUCCUGCUGAAUAAAAAAACCGCACACUCGUUCGAACAGGUACUGACCGACAUCACCGAGGCCAUCAAACUGGAGAGCGGAGUGGUCAAGAGGAUUUACACACUGGACGGAAAACAGGUGACCUGUCUGCAGGACUUUUUCGGCGAUGAUGACGUCUUCAUCGCGUGUGGGCCGGAGAAGUUCCGCUACGCACAGGACGACUUCUCUCUGGAUGAGAACGCUCACUUCAGUCCAGGAGCCAAAGGCAGAACCAGAGGAGCUAAUGCUAAUGCUAGCCAAGAAUGCCGGGUGAUGAAGACCCCUAAAGGCCAGAGAGGUUCUGCUAAGAGUCCCGGUCCCGUCCGCCGCAGCAAAUCUCCCGCCGAGUCCACUAAUGGUACUGGUUCCAGUAGUCAGUUGUCCACUCCCAUCUCCAAGCAGUCUCCGAUCUCCACCCCGACCAGUCCCGGCAGCACCCGCAAGCAGAAGGAUCUCUAUCUGCCCCUCUCUCUGGACGACGACAACGAUUCGCUGGGAGAAUCCAUGUAAGCCCCUCCCACCUCUGCUGAGGCCCGUCGAUCCACCUGAUCCGCCAAUCACAGAGGUACCUCUGGUGUUCUGCGUCUCUGAAACGUCAACAUCGCCCCCUAGUGGUGUGGAGGAGUGCACUUUGUCAUCCCAGCUGCCCCCCUGGUCAAUGGCUUAAGCCCAUCAGGCUUUGCAGCAGUGGUCACUGCGCUGUUUGCUGCUUGAGAAUUCGUUGCAUCCAUUUCUGGCACCUUUUCCGGGUUCAUUUUCCUCUUUUUUAACGAUGUUUGAAACGUUUUUUCUGCGUAUGCAGGGCAUACGCAGCGAUUGUAACCCAUCGUGCACAGUGAAAACAACAAACACCCAAAUUUUUACGAGCCGUCUGUUAAUGUAGUUCAUUCUUUUCUGCAUUUCUGAAGUGAUUUUUUAGCACAAUAACAAAAGGAGCUGAUAUUAAAUGUGCCGUUUGUAAUAUUGAUGCAUUUCAUAUCAGUGCAGCUUUUUUGCUAACCGUUCAGUCAUCGUCACCUUUAAGCCAAAACCACUAGACUUUUUUCAUACUGGUUCUUCGCCGCUUGGUUCUGCGAAUUUCCAAGCAGCAAAUGGACAUUUUUACUAAGGUGUUUUCGUCUGACUUGUACAAAAAAAACCUUAUUGCAGCAUUUAAACUUUAUAUUAAUCAGUUUUUGUAACCCUCUCUUGUUUGUGCGAUGGUUUCGUGUGUUUUACAACCAAUCAACAGCCUUGUUUUGGAUGGAGUGGGUCAAACACCCCAGUUUUGACCCUCUUCCCACACCUUAUAAAUAGGAUGUACAGUCGUCCUCUCUUUAUGUCCCAUUCCAAACCGCUUUCGGCCUUUUUCCAGCCCUGCCACACUCUUCCUGCUGUGUCUGUUCAGUGUUUCUCCAACAUGUUGAUGAAGUUUGAACUGUAACCUGUUGCUUAUGGAGCGAAAGAGGGAAACCGUUUGGAUGUUUUUGGUGUUUAGCUUAAAAAACGAAAUAAAACAAAAUAAAAAAUGAAAUUAACGUUUAAAAAAGAGAGGAAAACUGCCCAGCCAAAGCCAUAUAAUCACAGUCCUUUACAAAAGAAAUGAGCACAUAUGUUUCUGUUUUUUUAAAUGGUAGAAAGAUUUUAAAAAAGUAACUGAAUGGAAUCUUUAUUGAAAUAUUGAUUUUUUUUCCUGAAAGAGGAAAUUUAAGGGCGAUUUAAGGUGAACUGUAAGUUGAAACAUCUUUCGAAAGCUUUGAAAGCCAAAGUUUUGUUGGACUGAAGGUUUAUUGUUGAGUUCCUCCGGUGGUGGUGUACAUAUAGGCAUGAAUCAAGCUAGCUAGAAACUCCUUUAAAGAAAAUAUGAAAAAACAGCCUUGAGCAUUUUUACAUUUUAGAAAAUUUUAGAUUUUCUAUAAUUGAAAACGAUGGGGAUUUUUUGUUUUAAUGCAUGGCGGCGUUUUCUCUCUUCAGAGAAGAAACAGAGCUGCAAAAGAAUGUCUAAUUUUGUCUGACGCUUUGAGUCAUAAGUCAUACUCAAAUUCAACACUGCUGUCUGAAUCCAGUCCAGUUUGGAAAUGUUUACGAAAUGUCAAUUUACCAAUAAAUCCAAUUUACAGAAAGUUGUGAGAUUCUAUCAGUUGAAGCAGCUUUUAGCACUGAAAGACUUGGUUAAUCAGAUUUUAUGCCUGAUAAUAUACAUAUAUUUAAAAAAAUGAAAAAAAAAAAAGUCACUCUUCAUAGUGUAACGUCACAACGUCCUGUUUCAACACAAACAUAUGACACAAUAUUAAAACUGCAAAAAAAAAAGAAAAAAUCUGCCCUGAAUUCUCGCUCACAUUUUUCAUACAGUACAUUUCAACAGUUGUAUUAUUAUUAUUAUUAUUAUUAUUAUUAUUAUUACUUAUUAUAUUACUACUACUUUUGCCACCAUUAAUAGUGGAAGGUGUGAAAGUAUCUCACCUCCUGUGGUGCCUUUUUUACACUCUUGUGUUUUUUAUAUAAACAAAAAAAUGAAUUAAUGAAAGUAAAAACUCCCAGUGUGCACCAGAACUGUUCAACUGUUUGUAAAUCUCUCUCUCUCUCUGUCUCUCUCUCUCCUCGUUUCAUUUGAAGUGGUGAUCAUUUUAUACAUUUUUACAUCUGCUACUGCUAGUUUGAAGCUGUUUGCUGGUUUUUGUAGUAUUUUAGGCUGAUUCUCCUCAAACAGGUGCAGAUUUACUCCUUUGGUUUAGGGAUGAAAUUUCAACUUCCUCUCUGAUGAUGAUGAUGAUGAUGAUGAUGAUGUAUUUCUUGCUGUGUCAUCGUGACUGUUUCAGUGAUGUCAUUCUGUGUAUUAACUUCUCUCCUUUUUUCAAUUAAAAUGAGACGUUAUUCCA